AUGGGGAUACUCUCAUUGGCCAACAGCCCUGGUGGCAAACUCACAUCUCCAAAUGCGCGCAGUAUGGCCUCCUACGACCCCUCCCAUGACUUCCUUCAUGUCAAUCGUGUACGGAAUACGGCACUGCGACUGGCAAGAAGCAUACUAGAAGAGAGUGCCAAAUACUCCCAAGGUGACGACCGCUCCUUACUUGAGGCCUUCUUUCGCGAACACGAGGAGACCAUAUCAAAGGACACAGCGGCCGAAGUAAGCAAGAUUAUCGAGAAUGUCUCCUAUAGCAAAGAAGUCAAGCGAAUAGCUGGAGGUUUGCAGACUCCAUGGCAUGAGUCUUGCCUCGAACUGCAUUGCGUUCAAGACGCCGACAAACUCGAUGCGAUGGGCGCAUUCGGUAUUAUGCGGUGCUCAGCCUACUCUGCUGUUGUGAACAGAGCUUUGUACGCCACUACAGACAGCGGAGAAUUGGAUCCACAAUGUUCAAUUCAACACUACCACGACAAGUUAUUGAAGCUUCAAAGCAUGUUGCGAACUGAGGAGGGCAGGAGGCUUGGGGAAGAACGACACCGUUUCAUG